AUGACUGAACUCCUCGAUCUCUGCUACGACGUCCUCAUUCGAAUCUUGGAAGAGAUCAAUGCCGAGGACCUUGCAUGUGUAGCACAGACAUCAUCAGGAUUCAACAAAUUCAUCAAAGAGAACACCAGGCUGCAUAAGUCGCAUUACUUACGCAACUUUGACGAUCCACGGCGCAGGCCGACAGAUCCGGAACCCGACUGGGUGCCAGAACUUCAGAAACUCGUCCGAUGUCAAAAGAUCUUGGAGUCUGCUAACAACGAUCUGAAGCGUGACGAGUUCGAAUUCGUUGGCGAGACUGUGAACGAAUUGAUUGCCACCGCGUCAAAGGACCGGUUCGGCAACUCAGCCAACCAAGACAAGAUCGAACAAUUAUUCCUACACAUUUCGCAAAAUCAUAAUGCAUUCAUGUGUCGAUCAUCGUUAUAUUCGCGAGCAGGAAAUGAAUUGCAGAAGCCUGCGAACAACGAGGAGGGGCGGCAACUAAGUGCCAAAUUGCACUGCCUUUACGGCAUCCCGGCAUCGACGACUGGGAACCGCGUUCUGUCAACACAUCCUUUUGCAAGGGCAAAAGUAUACGACUUGAGAAACUACACCGAUCAUACCAAGUGGGGUCCAUAUCGUGAUGAUGGGAGUAUGAGGGUCGAUUGGGAGAUGAUUGAGAGUCUGAUGAUCAUCUUGAGUUAUAAUGCCGGUUUGUGCUGUAGGAGAUACCUACCGAGAUUUUCCCCGCCCUGGAAGAACGUACUCGAAGGCGUGGUGCCGGAACGCGCAAAAGUCAUGCCAGAGUACUCAACGAAGCUGUUAUACGAGCCAGAUGUUCCACUGAUGUUAAAGGAUCCGUACAAUGUAUCAGGAAUCUGGUCACGAAUUGUGUGUUUCUUAGACUACAAUGACCUUUUCGCCUUCAAUUUCAGCGAAGACGCGCUGCGACACCCAUCCGAUCAACCGCGAGAUCCUCUAGUCACUGACGAAGCAAUCCGGCACAUCAUGAUGGAUUUGCAAGUAACAGAAGUCAAACCUGCCGGUCGUUUCGACAACCCGGACCUACCAGUCGUCCAUUUCAGCGGCAAGUCAAGAUCUGUCGACGCAGCGUGGGAUCCAAAUGCAAACUCCAAAAUCAGAGGAUCUGUACGAUUGACACCUGAGGGUGAAGUGCGAUGGGAAACUAUCUCUGUGUUUUACGGCGGAGAGGAGCGAUGGCGUAGCGAAGGCAUUCAAGUCGGCGGUGUACGGUCACAAAGAGGAGUCAUUGGCACGUGGUUCGACAAAGACCUCGAUCCGCAUGGUCCCGCUGGUCCGACUGCGUUCUGGAAGAUAUGUGACAGGACUGUUGAUGAUGAGGAUGAGAGUGAUUCGGAGGAAGAGCAUAUGGAGCAUUGGCAUGGAUAA